CUGCAAAUGUACAUUCAAAUAUGAAACAUGACCAGACUCUGGAGGUAAAAUCCAAUUAGGUGUCUAGUGUUUUAACUCCAAAAGAGGGUAAGGCAGGAAAUGCAUGAAUAAUAAAGCACUGUCAUUAGAGCUGCUUAAAAAAAACGAGAGGAUAGGAGGAGCUGAUUCGUCAUUCACUUCCAGGUUACUCUGAACGGCGACGCGGGAACUUUACAGCAGUAGUUCCUUAUUACUAGAUAUCUAUGCACUGUCCGGACGGUUGUUUUAUAAAUAUAAUCGUGAGAUGGAUCCCUCAGAGGUCGAGUUUCUGGCGGAAAAGGAGAUGGUGACCAUCGUUCCGAAUUUCAGUCUCGAUAAAAUAUAUUUAAUUGGGGGAGACCUUGGCCCCUUCAACCCAGGGCUGCCUGUGGCUGUGCCGGUCUGGCUGGCGAUCAAUCUGAAGCAGAGGCAGAAGUGCAGAAUCAUUCCCCCCGAGUGGAUGGAUGUUGAAAAACUAGAAGAGAUCAGAGAGCAGGAGAGGAAGGAAGAAACUUUUACUCCGAUCCCCAAUCCGUACUACAUGGAGCUGACCAAGUUAUUGCUAAACCAUGCCUCCGACAAUAUUCCAAAAGCUGAUGAGAUCAGAACCCUGGUGAAGGACACAUGGGACACUCGCAUCGCCAAGCUGCGCCUGUCUGCAGACAGCUUCGUCAGUCAGCAGGAAGCACACGCCAGGCUGGAUAAUCUCACCCUGAUGGAAAUUAACACAAUCGGGACCUUCCUCACAGACUCCUUGAACCACAUGUACAAACUGCGCACCAACCUGCAGCCUGGCAAGGAGGCCGGCAAGUCCCAGGACUUCUAGAACACCGCCCCCUAUUGGUCAUUAGAGGAAUGGGAUCAUCAAGACUUUACAGACCAGCAAUGGACUUUAAGAACAUAGCAAUCAGAAGGCAAAUAUGGAUUCUGUUUUGGCAGUGACCUUAAGCAGGCACAGGAAUUUAUUAAAGCAAUGAAAUCUGCUAUGAAAACAGCAGUUUUAUGGACAAGGCUUUCAAUUUGGAGUUUCAUCAUAAACUAUAUAUUUGUGUAUAUAGGUGCCUUUACCUGUAGCUAACAUUUGACUUCCUUUUUGAAAUUUGAACCUGUCUAAACUUCAGGAUUUAGUAGAACCCUAAAUCCAAGAUAAUAUUGUAAAAUGAAUAAUACAAUUAUACAGUACUGUGUCAGAUUUAAGAAUGUUACUCCACUUCCCUUUUAAUAGCACGAUUUGAUUGGAAUUUAAAUGUAAAAUUGGUAACGUAGAUUAAUUACAAUUGUAUAUAAUGUAUGCGCUUGUUUUUCUUGUGUGUAGUUUCUGUUAUUUACUGUUUUAGUCUUAAAGGAUUUUCUAUAUAAAAAUAAAAAAAUCAUUCAUUGGA